UACAAUUUAUACUUCUAUUUUAAUUUUUUUUUUUUUCAUUAUUAUAGCAUCAAGUAUGUUAAGAAAUGCUUUAGAUAUGACGUUUAUGACAAGUCCUGGAAAUAUUGAUUUAAAUUUAAAUAAACAAACUGAACAGCAAUGCGAUGAUACUUUUUUAAACAAAUCAGCAAUAAUUACAACAAACGAAUUAGAUAAAAAAGUUGAACACUUGACAAAUUAUACAGCAGAAAUCAAAUUAAAAGUGGAUAAGAUAUUAUUAAACCAAGAAAGAAUGCUUAACUUUUUAAGACGUCAACAAAUUGGUGAUGCUCAAAGUAAUGCUCAAAGCGAAGAAUUUGAUGAACAUUUUGAAAAUUACUAUCCAUUAAAUAAGCUUGAGGACUUUUUACAUGUUACAGAAUUAUUGAAAAAUGAAAACUACUACAAAUUACUUCGAACAAAACUUUUGAUGUAUGGUGGUUCUGAUAUACCCAGUGCAGUAAAAAUUAUUUUAACAAAAGUUAUAUCAAAUCAACUAGGAACAAAAAUUACAUUAACAGGAUUAUCUGCAGGAAGACGCCCAGCACCAGAUGAAAAAUUAGGUCUUCUUAAAACAAAAUUUUUUGGACUUCUUCUUGAUGUUUUGAAGAAUAGCUUUCCAAAUGUGAAUGAAGAAUUAAUGAAGAAACCAAUAAGUAGUUGGUUAAAACAUGCCAAAGACAGACUCUCCAGAGAAAAACAUCUCAAUUAUGUUCAUUAAUGAUUAAUUAUAAUAAUUUUUUUAUAACUUUUAAUUUAAAUUGUAAUUACAAUAUUGUAAUAAU